UGUGUAUUAAUAUUAAGAUAUGCCGAUCGGAAAUAGAAAAUCAAUUUAAAACAUUAAGGAAAUGCUCAGAGCGCUGAAAGAAAGUGGAUGUUUAAAGGAAUUCGUCAAUUAAGGAUAUUACAUUGAACCAGUGUAUGUUCAAAUGUGCAUAUAAAUUAUCGAUGGCUCCCACAAAGUGCAAAUAAUCAUGGUUUACGGAAGACAGUUGUGGUACAGUACGAAACAAAAUAAGUGUGGAACGUCAAUGAAUGCAUCACUGAUUUAAACCAAAAUAUUAGAUAAAAGCCGCGAUAAACAGUAUCAUCAAAAUAAAGUUGAGAAGAACUAAAUAAAAUUAAGAAAAAACUUCUAGAAUUUUAAUUAAUUAAUUUCGCUAAACAAUUAUGAGUGGUAAGGAUUUAGAAAUGACAAACUUUCAAGUAGACCAACGGGCAAAUUUUAUCGCCCUAAUUUUAUUGGACGCAUUGGAGGAUGGAAACGAGAGUGAUAUAUACGCCAUAAUAGCUAAAAAUAAAGUAGAUGCGAGUUACGUCCCUAUCGAGCGCGGUAUAUCACCCCUUCAUUAUGCAUGUGGAAUGGAGAAUGCGACAGUCGCUGCGGACAUUAUAAAGCUAUUUCUCCAAGAUGGCGCUGACGCCAAUGUUCGGUCAAAUGAGAAUAUGACACCCUUGCAUGUAGCUGCGAUAUUUGGCCGUGUAGUUAUAGUGAAUUUACUUUUGAAACAUGGAGCUCGACAUGAUUUACUGGAUGAUGAACGCAAAACACCUAUACAUUACGCUAUCGAAGAAUGCCACUUUGAGGUGUUGGAGGCAAUUCGAGAUCAUAUUUUUCAACACAAAUAUGAACUUGUUCGCAAAAAAUCAGUAGAAUAUGCCACUGAUAAUAGUAACUUUUCCACAAAAGGGGAAUUAGCUAAACAGGAAGAACGAGUAUCCAGUGUGACACCCAUUAACAGAAUGCUCUCCAACGUACUUAUUAAUGAUUCAGGAAACCCAGCUACACCCAAUAAUAAGUACACACCGAACCGAGUUCACUACAAUUAUGAUGUGACAUCCCCAUAUUAUAUAAAUAUAACCCAUCGCCGACACCGACCACAACCAAUAUUUCCGCCAGUUGGAUCUACGCCAGGCUCUAAGGAUAAAACGCCUAGUCUUAAGUAUGAGAAUUUAGAAAAGCAAGAAUCAAACUCUGAGGAAGCUAAAGCAGAGGUCUCAACUGACCCACAAUCAUCUAUUAACGUAUUUCAUCUUACUGAGUCAAAUUUGAAAGAACUUUCAAAGGCAUCAUCUAAUUUAGAUCACUCCUGCAUUUCAAUGAUCGAAGCAUGGCGUAAAAAAGUUGAGUGCUCACGUGUUAAAAGAUCAAUUUUGAGAUGUUACACAGAUGUAGAUGAAAUGGUGGACGAACUAAUGAAAAGUGAUCACCUUAACUUUACUAACACAAUUCUAAAAGAAAAUGAGAAACUAGUUUCAGAAGAUAAUGAAUCUGAGACAAAACCUAUUAUGAAUUCAAAUCUCUCUUUGGGCGCUAUAAUACAAAAAGCAGCACAGGCCCAUGUAUUGGAUGAAGAAGAUCAAGAUUUUGGCCCGGAGCCUGAUAGUAGUUAUCAUACAGUGCCUGCAAUAAUAGAGGACGAACUCUGUCAAGGCAUGAAUGAUCAACCUACGAAAAAAUGUGCAGAAAAAUCACCAGAGAACGAUUUAAAAGAAAAACCUGAAAAGAGUCCAACAGGGGAUUAUAUAUUACAAAUGGCUGAAGCUUACGUUCAUACGGAUGAUGAGAAUGGGCUGGUAUUCUACGAAACUAAACUUCUAAGUAGUCGUAACCAAGCAACCAAUCGCGAUCAACAAAUUUUGGACAGUACAGUGUCGACUAAUGAGACACAUAUUUUGGAUUACGAAACUGAUGAACUACGUGCUGAACUGACUCAUUUUGGCGAUCGUCCUGGUCCAAUAACAAAGAGCACAAAAAGGCUUUACAUAAAAAGGCUUAUAAAAUAUAGAAGGAAUGCGCCGGAAAUAGUGAAGAUAAAUGCAAAUGGAAAACAAAGCGUCUCUGACAGUGCAAAAUUAUCUGUGGAAUUACAACGCACUAUACGUUCUCCGGAAUAUUUUUCCUUAAUACCAGAGUACCAGCAGUAUGAAUGUAAAUCAACUGAAUACUUUGCUAAUUUACAAAAUAAACAUAAAUUGAGAGAGGGCCACCUAAAGCAAAGUUUUAUAUAUAUGCUAAUUGAUCCUCGAAUAUCUUGUAAUUUACCAGGAGAAAGCAUGUAUAUCGACACGCACAAAGCUUGGAUACGUUUCCUGGAAUCAGUGUUCUAUGUCGGGAAAGGGAAAACUUCACGUCCGUAUUCCCAUUUAUAUGAAGCUAUGAAAUUGCAUUCUCGCCUCCAUAGUCAGCACAAGAUUACAAGUUCCAGAACAGAUGUUGUUCAGUCACAGCGACAAAAAGUCUCAUCUAUUCGAAAACAAACCAUUUGCCUGGAUAUUUUCAAAACAAAUAUCCAGAAACCUUUGGAUAACAAGAAAUUAGAGCGAAUUCUGGAUAUUUGGAGGUGUGGUAAAGGUGUGGUGUGCCUUCACGUCUUUCACAACAUAUUGCCUUCGGAAGCUUAUACACGUGAGGCGGCCAUAAUCGAUGCAUUUGGAGUACAGCAUUUAACAAAUCACAAACGUGGCGACUACUACGGUCCAGCGCAAACUUGGACCAUGAAAGAAAAGAAAAUGUUUGGGAUAUCUCUAUUAUAUAGAGCAAUGCAAAUAUAUUUAGCAGAAGGUGAAUCGCAAUUAUCUCCUAGUGAUCUCAUUUAAAAUAAGAUAUAAAAUACAUGUUUAUAUAAAAUAAGCCAAUGUGAUAUUUACGUAUACACGAAAUAAUAUAGACGUGGAUUGUACAAAUCUUUA